CUACGAAUUUAACACCCUUCAACAAACAAUGGACUUAUGUUAAAUCCAUCAAACUUAGAAUUUGGGUACCAAAUCCAUGAUCCAACAAGCAAACCGACCCCUAAAAACGCAAAAUUUACCAAAGCGGGGAAAAUGUUAGGGAUUACAGAUUCUUCGAAUUUCAUGGUUUGAUAGCGGGAGGGGGAGACUUCUGUCACUGAAAGUGAAUAAACCACAAAGCUGCUUGUGUUCACUUUCACGGCCGCUGCUUCCCGAAAUUGCGUAAGGUAGAAUGUCGAAUCGCAUUCGCUCUCCCUCUCUCUUUUACUGCUGCUGUGGAUUCCAUUAUUGUGAUUGUACUAUGAUUUCAUGAAGGGAAGCCAUGUCAGAACCAAUGAUGUAAUCCUUUCCCCCACGUUAACGAAACUGCAGCUCUUUUUUCUUCUUCAUCCCCGCUGUCUGCUUUGCUUGUUUCGGCUUAUCUGGGUUUGUCUUCCAUGCGGUGCUUAAUUAGGUUGCCUUCUAAUAUUAUCCUUAUCUCAUAUGGUACUGUCGUCCUUUUGGGCGUUGGGUUUCUGUGGAUUGCCCCUUACCUGUCAUGAUAUUGCCUUUUCGUAUUAUAGAUUAGUAUCUCAGGGGAGGCUUCUGAAUAUUGCUGCUGAAACCAUUGCUGUCGAAUGGAUGUUGGGAAACCAAUGAGGAAUUGUACUUUUGCUGGUCAUCAUCACAUUGCUUAUGACAUUCAUCUUCUUUUUGCUUUCAGGAUUUACCCUGCAACACCUGCUCAUGAUCUCGUUCGAUGGUUUUUGGUCAAGUUCCAGAUUCAGCUGCUUGACAUUUCAAUCUGCAUUUGCUCCACCUCUUCCGUUUUCAUCCCCAUCCCUCCAGGUCUGCUACUGCUUGGACGAUUCUCUGUCUGCUUAAAAUUUGAAUUCUUCUCGGUUUUCCAGCUAACUUCUGGUUUGUGCUUUAACUCUCAAGCUCUUUCUGAGUCCUAUCUUUUGAUAUUGCACGGAUACAUGAAAUCUCGGCUGGAAUGUUUAGAUGUUGACAUAAGAAUUUCAGCCAGAGAAAGAUAAGGAUCAUUUAGCAUCGAGUGUAGAUUUUCUAAUGAUCUCCAUGCCGUAAAAGAGAAAGGGUAGUUAUAACCUCAGUUUUUAUGCUAUUCUUGUUAUUUUAAGAAUAUAAACUUGAUACCUGCUUUCAACAUGAAAUCUCAUAACAAAGAACUAUCUAAGUACACUCUUAAAAAUGUCCUUACAUUACAAGCAAUAUCACGCUAUCCUGCAAAUUAUAGGAUUUCGACCUCAUGAUUUGAUAUGAUCCUUUGUAAGUUUGAAGGCCCUCUUUUUCGUUCAUUAAACACUGCAUGUCUGGAUCUUAGUAAACCAAGCACAAUCUUGUCAAGCGACUUUCUGAAUGCAAAUUUGCUUCUCCUUCUGAAGCUGCAUUUGCCGUUCCAACGUUCCAGAUUCUCUCUUUUCUUACACUUGUGUUGACCUUACUCUAGAGACUAGUUUAGUUUGUAUUACAUUACACCAUCAUAUAAGCUUGUUUUGUAGUGCACUACACCAUCAUAUAAGUUUGCAAUUUAUUGGAAGGAGCUGCAGUUCAAGUUCAUUUUUCAGGUUGGACAGUGUUGGAUAUGUUGGACAGACGUAAUUAUAACUUUCUAUUUUGGUUGGUAACGUAGUGUACCUCUAUAUCUAUUGUGGCAAUCUCAUCUUCAGUUGCACUAGUAGCGAACACUUCACUCAACCUAACAAGUUAUGACUCAGUUGCCAGUUCUUUUCUUUCACCAAUAGUACAGUGAGAAUUCAUACAAGACUGUUGGGGCACUCCUAACGUGAGGAUAUGUUCUCUGUAUUAUUAACUGAGAUUUGUUAGGAAAUAUGAAUACGAAAAUUAAUAUAAUUGUGUAUAUUAUAGGAAAAUGUGUGAGAAGGACAUGGAAAGCUCGUGUGAGAUGAUGAAUGCACACAGCCAAAAACCGGUUUCCUUUAAUUCUUUAUUUCAUCAGCUGCUCAAUCUAGAAAGGCCAUGUCCAGAAGACACAUGCGAUCUUUGUGACUGUGCACGAAUUAGGGAGCAACAUCUAAAGCUGGUAGAAGAAAAGAAUCAGUUGCAAGAGAGAGCGAGGCAACUCGAGGAAUUAAAAGCUUCAAUGCUACAAAUGCCACCGGAAGUAACUGUUAACGCAGUGGUUGAAGAAUGCAUGCAGUUCCUGCUAUCAAAAGGGUUUGACCCAAAGUAUGAACAGGCUAUGCGAGCAGUAAUAGCAAAAGGAACUAACCCAGCAAAGUUUCUAUUUUUCUUCCAAAAAAUGGCAGCAGCAGGCGAAGUCGACCCAAUAUUCGAACCAUUCAUGAUAAAACCGCCAGAUAUAGGAGCUAACCCGGGCAGCUUUUAAGUGUUUCGAAUUCUACUUUUCCAUAUCUUUUAUAUUCUGCUCUUUCCUAGUAACCAAUGUAUUGAACUUGAAUUUCCAAUUACAUAUUUGUUUAUGGUCAGGGUUUGAGAUCUACCUUGGAUCUAUGGAUGGUAUGUCGGAUGAGCGUUCAACUCAACAACGAGGUUCUUGUUGACUACUUAAUUCCUGUAAUGUAGGAUGAGGAUUUGAUCCUUGGAAUGUUGGUAAUGUGCAGUACCGUAAUAUCUAUACAAUUGAAUUUCCAAGUAGCGAACCUUUUAUGAUAAUGCACACUGAAUUUGGCACUUGGUUUCCCCCACUAUGUAUGGAUGGAUUAUUGACACGCCAAAACACAACACCAAACUGCGACCAAGUGUAAUCGCAGUCUGAGAUUGCAGUAAAGUGGCAAGUUCUAUUAUCAACCCGAGGUCUAGAUCUAUUGCUUACUCCGUGAUUAUCUAUUAUCUAGCCAACUAAGUUAAGUGAUUGUUGUUUAAAGCAAAAGCAGAAAGAAAGCAGGAAUUGGUACGGUUUUCUCAAGCAAAGAAGAGUCACUCGGGAAUGAGUCCCCCUAGCUCCCUAGUUAGGUUUCAAUUGUAUUUUCUCUGGGUUGAUUUACUGUUGAUUAGACUGCGAAAGAUCCGACAGUAGCUUGGAAUCUCUUAAGCUAACCAAGCCCUCUUAGUCUAACUACCCGGCAAACGACUAGUCUUCACCGGGAUAGAAAGCUGAAGCAAUAAGCACAUAACUCCACUACUGGAAUUGGAUUCCAGUACAAAGCAGUAAACUGGCUAACUCUCGUAUAGCCAAUCUCCUACUAUCGAAUGAUGAGGCUCUAACAACCUAAUCAGAUUCUAUCUAUCUCAGUUUGCAGCAGAAAUCAGGAAAAGCUGAUCAGACUUCAAUUGACUCAAUAAGCAUGCAUCAUCCGAUUAAAACCAAACAGUAUAAUCAUCCCAAGUCAUUACAUUCAAAUCCCUAACACAUGGAACUAGGGUUCUUCAUACCCAAGUGAGAGAAGGUUUCUACUCCAUAGAGCGAGAGAGAGGGGGAAACAGAAUACAAAGCAGUCAUACUCAUAACAAUGGGAAGAAUCUGCUCUGGGAUGAUGAUUUCCACUCCUAUGACGAUCUCCAAGCUCGAUUUGAUGAAACCCAGCUCCAAGAUGGCUUCUAGGAUGUGUUCUUCGUACUUUCUCUCUCUAGGGCUCUGUUUUUGCUCUGAAAAUUCGAUUCCCUCACUUGCAGCCCGACAUUGGGUAAAAACCAGAAAUUCCCGACUCACACGGGCAGGCCACACGGCCAUGUGGCAUACCCAGUUGCCCGUGUGAGGUCAAAACGCCGUGUUCCGAGUAAUUGGGUUUCAGGCUUCCCACACGGCCAGGGGCACACGGCCGUGUAACUCACCCAGCCUGGCCGUGUGAAGCCUCGCAGAAUUCCACACGGCCAAAUUGCAACUUCACACGGCCGUGUGGAUUUUAUUUGUGCCCGUGUGAAGGCUCGCACAAUCCCACACGGCCUCCUUGGUCACUUGUACGGCCGUGUGAGUUGUGUGUGUGCCCGUGUGGCUUCCUUUGUGACUUGCCUCGCGCCCGAUCUUCGUCCAAUCGACCCCGAACUCGCUCCUAAACCUUCAUUCACUUGUUAGGACCUGAAAUAUCACAAACAAACACAACCUAGCGUGAAAUCGGCCUAAAACACGAGAAUUACCAUCUCAAACGGCUCCAGCGACGGAAGUUGACCCCAACGAAGCGGAAGGGUCGAUUGAUAUCGACAGCACCAGAUCCGGCCAUGUUGUUCUGUUCAGUCGACAUAGCAGCAGUCGAACGUCUUAAAAUUGUUAGGAACGGAACAACAAAAUGGGGAAUAAGUC